AACAAAAAAUGGCGGAUGUAAUUUCCGGAAAUUUAUUCUUAGAUUGUCUUCUUUUUUCCAUCUAUUAACUUAACUUGGACAGUUUACCAACUAAUAUGGAUAUAUAGCAGUUCAUGAACCGUCAGAGAUGUCUACUAAAGAGUUGUUUACGAAGGGGGCAAGGGUGUGGAUCCCCGAUGCGGAGGAAGUAUGGCGGGGUGCAGAUCUGUUAGAGGAUUAUAAGGGUCAGAAAACACUGAAGAUAGAAUAUGAAAAUAAACAAGGUCGAUUGACUCAAGAAGAAAUUGCUGUAAAGACACCCGAUGACCUUCCGCCAUUGCGUAAUCCUGAGAUCCUGAUUGGAGAAAAUGAUUUGACGUCACUGAGUUACCUUCAUGAACCUGCUGUCUUGCAUAAUCUACAAGUGCGAUUUGUUGAUCUCAAUGCCAUCUAUACAUACUGUGGAAUUGUGCUUGUUGCCAUCAACCCAUAUGACUCUCUACCUAUCUAUGGCAAUGAGACGAUUAUGGCAUAUAGUGGGCAGGACAUGGCCUCCAUGGACCCACAUAUAUACGCUGUUGCUGAGGAGGCAUUCAAACAAAUGACAAGAUUUGACAAAAACCAGUCAAUAAUUGUCAGUGGUGAGUCUGGUGCCGGGAAAACAGUCUCUGCCAAAUAUGCGAUGAGAUAUUUUGCUCUCGUUGGUGGUAACGAAGAUGAAACACAAGUUGAACAAAAGGUCCUCUCCUCAAACCCUAUAAUGGAGUCGAUAGGAAAUGCGAAAACAAUCCGUAAUGACAACAGCAGUAGAUUUGGCAAAUAUAUCGAGCUAGGGUUUAACAGGAACAGUAACAUCAUUGGGGCAAAUAUGAGGACAUACCUGCUGGAGAAAUCUAGGGUGGUGUUCCAAGCCCAGGAUGAGCGUAACUACCAUGUGUUCUAUCAACUGUGUGCCUCUGCUGAUCUUCCAGAGCUAGCAGAGUUCAAGCUACAUGAUGCUGAUACAUUUUACUACACAAACCAGGGAGAGAACCCUUAUAUUGAUGAAGUGGAUGAUGCAGCAGAGUUCCAGAACCUAAAGGAGGCAUUCACCAUAUUAGGAAUAAAUGAGAAACAACAGCAUGAGAUUUUCCGCAUAUUUUCUGCUAUUUUACAUUUUGGGAAUGUUGUGAUAGAUGAGGGAGAGUCAGAGGAUCAAAGUGUCAUACAGAAAGGGAAUCCACAUUUGGCAAUAAUGGCCAAUCUGUUAGGAAUAGACGAGAACCAGAUGAAAAUGUGGUUGUGCAAUAAAAAAUUUACCACAAUGAAUGAGGUCCUGAUUCGUCCACUAACUAUGCAUCAGGCAUUAUUUGCAAAGGAUGCUCUGUCUAAGCAUAUUUACUCCAAGGUAUUCGAUUGGAUCGUUACCAAACUUAACAAAGCCCUACAAACAAGUGCCAAAUACAACAAAUUUAUAGGUGUAUUAGAUAUUUAUGGGUUUGAAACCUUCGAAAUAAACAGUUUUGAACAAUUCUGUAUAAACUACGCCAAUGAGAAGCUGCAGCAACAAUUCUGUCUUCAUGUAUUCAAACUAGAACAAGAGGAGUAUGUCAGAGAAGAGAUUGAGUGGUCAUUCAUAGACUUCUAUGACAACCAGCCCUGUAUAGAUCUCAUUGAGUCAAAACUAGGUAUACUGGAUCUGCUGGAUGAGGAAUGCAAGAUGCCUAAAGGUUCAGAUGCAAACUGGACACAGAAGUUGUACAAAGGAUGCACAAAAUCCAAGCACUUCAAGAAACCAAGGAUGUCAAAUACAGCAUUCCUGAUCAUCCACUUUGCCGACACUGUGGAAUAUCAAAGUGAUGGCUUCUUGGAGAAGAAUCGUGACACUGUACUUGAAGAACAAUUGAAUAUACUCAAAGCUAGUCAGUAUGAGUUGGUGGCUGAGUUGUUCACUGAUGAAGGUGGUAAACCUCGCAGUGGUUCAAAGACCAGCAAGGACAAAGGCUUUGCAAUCAAGGGAGGUGGAGCAUCUAGUAGGGCAAGCCAUAAGAAAACUGUUGGAUCACAAUUCAGAGAUUCCCUCAAGCUGCUAAUGGAGACGUUGUUCUCAACAACACCACAUUACGUCAGGUGUAUCAAGCCUAAUGAUCUCAAGGCAGCAUUCACGUUUGACAACAAAAGGGCUGUACAGCAGUUAAGAGCAUGUGGAGUACUAGAAACUAUUCGUAUCAGCGCAGCUGGGUAUCCAUCAAGAUGGACAUACCAAGAUUUCUUUGCCCGCUAUAGAGUUCUUGCCAGACAUAAACACAUAGACAGGACUGACAUGAAGAAAACAUGUGUCAAUAUUGUAUCAAAUCUUAUACAGGAUUCAGACAAAUAUCAACUUGGAAAAACAAAGAUAUUCUUCCGUGCUGGCCAAGUGGCGUAUCUGGAGAAGUUACGUUCAGACAAACUGCGGGCCUGUGGGAUAAUGAUACAGAAACAUGUCAGGGGAUGGCUGCAGAAGCGACGAUACCAGAAGAUCAAGAAAACUGUCAAGUUGGUGCAGACAUAUGGACGAGGACUCCUUGCGAGAAAACAAGCAUUGUUCCUCAAGCGUACCCAUGCAGUCACACAGAUACAAACACAGAUUCGACGUUUCUUGUGCCGCAAACGGUUUAUACAACAGCGAGAGGCAGUUAUGAAAAUACAGGCUCUGGCAAGAGGUGUGUUUAGCAGGAGAAUGUUUAAGGAGAUGGUCAGAGAGAACCGAGCCGUUAAAAUCCAGACACAGAUUAGAGGCUUGCUUGCACGUCGUCGCUUCAAGAUGGUGCGUAAUGGCAUAAUCAAACUACAGAGUCACUACAGACGUAGGAAAGCUAAAGCGCAGCUUAAAAUACUUAAGAUUGAAGCCAAGUCUAUUGAUCACUUCAAGAAGACCAAUAAGGGACUGGAAAACAAGAUCAUAGAUCUACAACAGAAGCUUAUGGAAAAGAACAAGGUAAACACACAAGCCAAGGAGGCUGAAGCCAAAGUGCAGAAGAUGAAAGCAGAGCUAAGCAAGCUCCAUGAUGUAGAAGUCAAGAGUACCAAAUCACUAACCAAGAUUGAGGAGUUGGAGAAACUUGUGGCGACUCUACGUGAAGAACUUGAUAAAGAGAAAGGAGAGAAGGAUACAUUAGUAUCUGAGAAAUCAACGAUGCAGAACAAUUAUGAAAAGAUGUUAAGUGUAUCUAAUGAGGAAAAGAACAGGUUGAAAGAUGAGCUGGAUGCCAGUAAUGAAAAGCUGAAGCUGGAACAGCAGAGGAAUGAGGAGAUCCUCAAAGAGAAGAUGGAAGCAUUACAGAAAACCACUGCACAUGAAACAGAAGAAGACCGUGCCCAUCACCAGAGACUUGUCAAAGAGAAUGCCAGACUCCAACAGAGGUUUGAGAACCUACAGAGUGAGAUGAACAUGAUGCUGCAUCGUGGUCACAAGCGAACACCCUCAGACUUAAGUACCAUAAGUUAUGAGUCUGAGAUCAGCGAACGAAUGGCUGAGCUGAAGGGGGAUGAUGUUUCAGAGGAUUAUGGCUAUGGGUCUCAGCAGCGUCAAGGUAGUUUCCGUCGUCGUCGUGGCAGUGUUGACAAUGUUGAAUGGCAACAGCAGCAACAACAACAGCAGCUGCAGAGUACACCAGGUACAGCUCCUAGCCCAGCUGUUAGUUCACCAGGCAGUACACCA